AGAAGGGUGUGAUUAAUCCAACAGGAAGAGAAAGGAAACUUCCUUUGAAGGUUAAUGCAAUUGGUCCAGUUCAGAACAAAGGUUGGACCCUUGAAACUGUCGACCAUAAGGAUUCCAAGGAGCCUGAGGUAUUGAGAAUCAGGGGUUUUAAAUUUAACAAAGUUGAUCAGCUAGAAGCAAAAUACACCGAGCCUAGCAAGUUUACCCUCAAGCCUUGAACCUGCAUCUGCUCUUAAGAAAUUUUAGCCUCUCAUCUGUACUUGGGACAACUAAAAUCUUAUGUGCGUAAUAAAGCACAACCAGAGGGCUCUAUUGCUGAAGGUUAUCUUAUGCAAGAGAUCCUUACAUUUUGUUCAAGAUACCUGGACAAUAUUGAGACAAUAUGGAAUCGACAUAAGCGUGUUGGUAAUGAGCCUACCCAGAUAUAUCCCAAUUCACGAAUAUCUAAGUUGUUUCCUCAAGUUGGAGAGUCAAAUACUGGUUUCACAUAUUUUACUUUAUCACCAAUUGAGAAUAGGCAGGCUCAUAGGCAUGUUUUGACAAAUUGUCGUGCAAUUGAUAACUAUCUUAGGGAUUAUAGAGAUAUUGUGAAGAAAAGAUUAAGAAGCCGAACAAGGGAUACUACUGAGAUAGACAAAAAGGUUUAUAGAGAAUUUGUUGAUUGGUUCUCUAAUCAUAUUUGUACUAAUAUCAACAAACUUCCUGAUGUGGAUAAAGACAUUCUUAUCAGUCUUUCUCAAGGACCAUAUGAACAAGCAAGAAAGUUCUCUUCAUAUGAUGUUAACGGAUAUAGAUUUCGAACUUUGGCAAGGGAUAAUGGAUUAAAAACUCAGAAUAGCGGAGUCUUUGGUACAUUUGGAACAAGAAGUUACUCAAGUAGUAAAGAUACCCGAAUGAACUUUGGUGCGGUACCUUAUUAUGGAAAGUUGGUAGACAUCAUUGAGCUUUUCUACAAUGACUUUACAGUUCUCUUGUUUAAAUGUCAAUGGGCAAACACAACUAGUCCUAGAGGAAUCAAAAAGGACAAUUUGAAUUUUUUUAUCUGUGAACUUUACAAGGCUCAUACAUACUGGUGAACAUGAAGAUGACGAGCCAUAUAUUAAAGCUUCUGAAGCCCAGAUGGUAUAUUAUGUGGAUGAUGAGAAGAAAAAAGGAUGGUGCAUACCAAUUCACUUGAAGCCAAGAGAUUUGUAUAACAUGGGUGGAGAUAAUAUGGGUGAAGAUGACGAAAUUGCAGUAUCCAAUGAUAAUUAUCCACCACAAGACUUAGAGUCUCUUUUUCCAGAUGAAAAUACAAAUAUAAAAUUGGCGAGAAUAGUUGUAGAUGAUGAUCUUCCAAUAAUCAAUGAAAACUAUUAUGAGAAUGAGGAUAUGCUUGUGUAAAAGACAUUGAAGUUUUUCAGAAGUUACUAAAUACAUUUUUAGAGCAUUCAAAUAUUUUUCCUUGUUUGGCAAUUAUGAGGAUCUAGAAUUAUUCUUGUAUUUUAGAUAACAUUGCUUCAUUUGAAUGCCUAGAUUCCUCCUUUGUUUA